AUGAUCAUCGGGACCGCCGUUGGCGGCAGCGCUGCUGCAGCCCUUGUUCUGCUCCUCUUCAUCUUGUGCCGUCGGUAUGGUGGGCGCACUCAAAGCCCAAGAGCGUUUGUUGAUUCUGCAGACCACGGAGUGGGCUGCAGACAAGUCGAACCGGUACCUGUCGUGCAGGCCGAUACCAGUGUCGACCCGUCACCCACUCGCAAGCCACGGAUGUCUUUGAAGACCGCACCACAUGGCGACCCUCCCGUCGACACGGAGCAGCCGCAUACCACAGCACCACAGUCUCUGCAGCCUCCUGGCGGGGGUUUGACACCUCGAGCUGACAGCAUUGUGACCUUGGAGCCACAAAUCACCGUUGGCGAGGACGUACAUCUCGUCACAGAGCGGGACACCCUGGCUCGUCAGAUACGGGACGGCGAGCAGCACGUCGCGGAACUCCGGGCCUUACAACCAUCGGCGGAAGGGCACGAAGACGUGGUCCCGCCUGCUGAUGGUCCAGAGCUCAUUCCACUAGUUGGCAGCGCCGCCUUAUCGUCGGGUGGCAACACGAUGAUCAGGCAAUUAGAGACAUUGCAAAUGGAAGUUGCAAGGCUGAGAGUGCGAAUGAUGGAGGCGGAGAACAAUGGUGCGGAGGAGCCACCGCCGGCGUAUGAAGAGGACGGGUAA